UCAGUAAAUUGGUUUUUUAUACCCUGCAGCCUACUCAAUGAAAGUUUUUCUUUUAUUUCAGGUAACCUGCUAUGAUUAUGACAAUGAUGGAUCACAUGAUCUAAUCGGAACGUUUGAAACCAAUAUGGAGGUGUUGCAAACGGCAUCGCAAAGUUCACCAGCAGAGUUUGAGUGUAUUAACCCAAAGAAGAAGCAAAAAAAGCGAAGAUACAAAAACUCGGGGAUAGUGAGUUUCAAGUUGUGCCAGAUUGUGAAAGAAUACUCUUUCUUGGACUACAUUAUGGGUGGCUGUCAGAUGAACUUCAUUGUUGGUAUUGAUUUCACAGGCUCAAAUGGAGAUCCUCGUAAACCUGACUCUCUACAUUAUAUUAGUCCUAAUGGAUUUAAUGAAUACCUGAUGGCAAUCUGGUCUGUUGGAAUGAUCAUUCAAGACUACGAUACAGACAAAUUGUUUCCGGCAUUUGGAUUUGGUGCACAGAUACCCCCUAACUGGCAGGUAUCACAUGAAUUUCCACUUAAUUUCAACCCUACCAAUCCAUUCUGUGCAGGAGUGCAGGGAAUAGUAGAUGCCUACCGAAACUGUCUACCUCAAGUCAAGCUCCAUGGGCCUACAAACUUCUCGCCGAUAAUAAAUCACGUGGCAAGAUUUGCUGCAGCAGCAGCACAGCAGGCAAUAGCUUCGCAAUAUUUCAUCCUCCUGAUCAUCACGGAUGGAGUGAUUACAGAUUUGGAUGACACAAGACAGGCCAUUGUCAAUGCUGCCAAAUUGCCGAUGUCUAUCAUCAUUGUUGGUGUUGGUGGAGCAGAUUUCAGUGCCAUGGAAUUUCUGGAUGGUGAUGAAUGUGUUCUUAAAUCACCCACUGGGGAAAUAGCUAUCCGAGAUAUAGUCCAGUUUGUGCCUUUUAGGAAGUUUCAUAAUGCAACAAAAGAAGCUCUUGCACAAAGUGUCCUCGCUGAAUUGCCUCAGCAAGUGGUGUGCUACUUUAACACACGCAAACUUCGUCCUCCGAAUGAACCAAAUCCUUAAGUACUUUAAAAUGACAGCUAUGUGAUGGUAAUACACUACUUCAAAUAAAUUGGUACUUUUUUCUUCAAAAUAAAUCUAGAAAUGUAUGGAUUAAUAAACACUAUGAAAUUUUUCACAGUUUUAAGAUUAUUUAAAACAGUUCAUUGGAUUAUAAAUAUUUUGUAUGUAAAUUUUAAGGCAACUUUUUUGUUGCAUAUAGUUGAAAUAAUCCACUUAAGUCAGCGAGGUCAAACCAUUGUAUCAUAAUCACUUACUAGUUGCUGUCUUUGUAAAAUUGUUUAUUGUCUUUGACAACAUUUUUUAGUAAUGCUUAAAAAAGCAUUUUUUUUUUUUUUUUGUCAGCCUCUAAUACCUUUUACAAUUUUUAUACUGUUGUUUUGAAUGAUAAUUCAACUUUUGGAUUUUUGGAUUAUAUGCCUGUAUCCGGCACCAAAGCGUACAGCAGUUUCAAUUGUUUAAGUUGAAAAUUUGAGAUUUGUUGCAUAUCGCCUUCAUAUUAUAGCAUCAUGUAAUUGCAUUUUACUACAAGCUUUACAUUUUUUAGGUUUAAUAACUGAAGAUAUAAUGGAAGUAAAGCUAAUCAUAAUGUAGACAGUUGUAUCCAACCCAUGAUUUAUUUUUCCUAAUUCUUUUAUAGGUUGCGGGUGCGUCUAUCCCUAACUGCCCUUAAAAUGAGAUUCUUGCUAGGGUGUUUCAGACAGUAAUUCAGCAUCAACCACAUUACCAGGAAUCACUAACACAGGCAGAUAUCCUUCCCCAAUGGACAUUAGUGAACUGGAUGGGUUUUUAAAUCAUUAAUGUUUGCUUCAUAGUGCACUUCCAAUUCCAGGCUUAUUAUUUAAAUUUAAAUUCCACCAUCUGCUAUGGUGAAAUUCGAAGUCAUGGUCACAGAGUAUGGGAGUUCUGGAUUACUGGCCCAGAGGCAAUACCAGCACAUCACUACCACCUUGUCUUGUAUAUGAUGCAGUUUUUAAAGUUGCUGAUGUGUUGCAAUUUGAGUUAAAAUUGGCCAUAUUCAUUGGCAAUUUUAAAAUCAGUUCUUAGCAUUUAAAUUCUGUGUUAGUCUUUUAAAUGUAAAAACACAUGCUAGAUAACUGAGUAAAAUCAAGACAAAAACCAGAAAGAUGGUGGAUAUUUGUGAGGCCAUUGACAAAGACUAUUACUAUCUAAGUGGGAUAUUUAUGGAACAGGUAAAGAGUCUUGUGUAAGAGAUUGGUCUUGAAUUUAACAAUGUAACAAGAUUUGUGUGCGCAAGCUUAGACAUUCGGGGUCAAACCUGGAGAGGUGGGUCACAUCAAGCCUUCUGGAAAGAUACUGGACACCCAGUCAGAUUUAGUCCCUGACUUUGGAACAAAAGUGAAAAUUUGGUAAUAGAAAUGUAGGGGAUAGAAAAGGACUGCUUCAGAGAUUUGAAGACAGCAUUCUUAUUCCUCCUGUUCCACAAAGCAAGGAAAAAGACAUUUUUGAAAUGUACCCCACCCUCUGGUUCUGGCAUAACGCUUUGCUAGGCAUAAAGCCAAUAUGUUAUGGUGCCAUUCAUGUCAUUAGGUGGUGACUGUUUGUAGUUGAGUUUUAUCCCCACUAAGCCUGAUCAAUGGCUCAAUAAUAUCAAAAUUAAUAUUACAGUAUCCAGAAAUAUCAAGACUGUAAUUCCUCACCCAAUAUCUUCACUAGGUCUGAAGAGUUACGUUUUCCUUUCCAGAUGUCAAAAAUGUACUGAUCAGUUCAGGCAUUUUCAGUUUGAGUUUUAAGAUGAAUUAUAUUUCUCUUAAUUAUGUUGUUUUUAUAUCAUUGAGUCAGAUUUCCCCAUUUGCUAAGCUGUAUUUGUGUUCAGUGCUGGAUUUAUCCUAAUCAGCUCCUACUGCUCCCUUCUUGAAAGGAUCUUGUAAUUGAGUCAUUUGUACUGCUGUUCUGUAUGCAUUACUAUUUGACCUCAAAAUUAAAACACAUGAAAAAGUAAUAGUGUUGUUCAACAAUUCAUGAACAUCUCUUCAAUAAACUCAUCCAGUCCUUGAA